AUGUCUUUCCUGCAGCGCUUCUCCAGCGCUGCCGUCCCCCCGCGGGGCCUGGGCGGACUUUUCUUAUUCCUCGCAGCAGCAGCAGCAGCAACAGCAACAGCAGCAGCAGCAGCAGCAGCAGCAGCAGCAAAUGGUCCACUGGUCCUCGGGGAACGGCUUUCUCCAGACUCUUCCAUUCUCGUCUCUGUCCGUCCCGAAGAUCUCCAAACCCUCGGAGAAGCUCUUCCUUUCCAGUUUGCAAACGUUACUCUCCCCGAGCAGAAGCUGACAGCAGCAACACAUUUGGGAUCCUUUUAUUCUCAAAAAUUAAAAGAUGAAAACGUUUCUUUUUUGAAACCCUUGAGGACUACAGUGCUGCAGUGUCUAGACAGAGCCAUCAAAGUGGAAGUCCUCAAAGACUUCUCCGUCCGCUGCCUCGAGGGGGGGGUGGCUUCUCUGGUUUCCCUUUCGAACUUUCAACUCCGCGAAGGCCGGCCUUUUGCUCAGCUGUCUGUACACUUCGAGUGGGGAGGAAUUGCUUCCAGCGCUUCUAAACCCUUGCCGUUGGCUUCUCUAAACCCUAAUUUGUGGGGUCCCGACAGGCAAAGAAUGGCUCGAGGGUUUAGAGGCACGGCCAUUUGCCUGCAGCGCGGCAGUCAGCUGCAGCUUCUGGAGGGCUGGCCAGUGAGAGUUCCAGAGUUCAAGGACGGGCCGUGGGAGGCGCGGGUGCUGGUGGAGCGCUGCUUCUUGACUCCUUCGAGCAGCAAAAAAGAACAUUUGCUGCAUGCAACUUUGAGGGUUUUGAAAGCCCCAAAAGACAAACCCUUUGUCGAGGGUCCAAACCCUAAAGAGAUCUCCUUCGCGGGCUACGUCAAGCUCCCUUCCAAGUACCACGGCCUGGAAGCCGCCUUCAUCAAGGAAAGACUAAUUGGCCGCUCCUGCUUCUUGAGAAGGACAGAAACAAAAAGCACUGUAGAGCUCAAGUGCGAUGCCUUCAUGGACGCAAAGCUCGCCUCAAUCAACAAGCUCUACGCGGACAGACCCCCGCUGCUGCAUGCACUCAAAAGCGCGGGGCUUCUCAUGGGCGGCUCUUUGGGGGCUUUUGCUCUUGCGGCUUUUAUGCAAAUGUUCAAGGGCACAGAUGGAAAACCCGCGGGAGACCCCGAGGGUUGCAUGGCAGUGGGGGCUUUGAGCGCGGUGAUUUCUCUUUUGACUUUUUUUGUUGAAACCCCUCGCCUGGCUUAUCAGUAUUUGAAGUGGCGCAAAAAGUUCAAAAGAAAAGCCACACGUGUGCUGGAGGAGAGCGUGAGCCAGGCUUUGGUGAGUCCCGGAAGCAAAAGUCCCUUUUUAGAUUUAGUUUUAAUUGCCCCAGCAGUUCGGGGGGGCCCCGAGGAUGGGGGGCCCCCCGGGGGGCCCCCCCCUCUGACGGAGGGUCAGGAGGAGGGUUACGCGGAGCUGCUGCUGCUGCUGCAGCUGCGUGCUGCAGCAGCAGCGCAGCAGGAGCUGCCGUUCGACGCGGAGGAGCUGCAGCAGCUGGGCCUGCAGCGGCCGGAGGAGGAGGAGGAGGAGGAGCAGCAGCAGCAGCAGCUGCUGGAACGCAUGCAGCAGCACAGCAGCAUCACCGGCAUUCAAGUUGCUGCAGACAACAGUGUGUCUUUGCCUUCACAUAUGAGCCCCGGGGAGCUGCAGCAGGGACUUAUAGCAGCAGAAAAGGAAGCAGUGCAGCAGCUGCUGCAGCAGCAACUUUCUCCUUUCUUUUGUGUCUCUUUGCUGCGGGCGAGGAACCUCAAGCGGCACCUUUGGAAGGAACUUGCUGCAUUGGCGGCUUCCAAGCAGCAGCUUGCUGCUGCUCCCCGCGGCCAGCAGCAGCAGCAGCAGCAGCAGCAGCAGCAGCCCCUCAUCGACUUCACCCCCCUCACUGUCUGGGUCGCCGUCUUCCAGCGGCUCAAGGAGGCUGGCCAGCUGCUGCAGCAGCUGCAGCAGCGGCAACAGCAGUCGGAGCAGCAGCAGCAGCAGUCGGAGCAGCAGCAGCAGCAGGAGGAGGAGAAGCAGCAGCCGAAGGAGCAGCAGGAGGGGGAGGACGCCGCUGCUGCUGCUGCUGCAGCAGCAGGCAGCAGCUACAGCCCGGAGCUGCUGCAGCGAGUUGCUGCUGCGCAACUCGCAGAAGAAGCAGCUUUAAUGUCCCUAAUUAGAGAAAGUGUUAAAGAAGAAGUUCGAGUGCUUUCGCAAGUAGCAGCAAACUUGGAGCGGGAGGGGCCCGGCCAAGCAGCAGCAGCAGCAGCAGCAGCAGCAGUGCGGGAGAAGCUGCGGGGCCUGCGGAACACGCUGGAGCCGCUGCAGCAGCACGAGCAGCAGCUGCAGCAGCAGCAGCGGGAGCAGCAGCAGCAGGAGCAGCAGCUGCUCGAGCUGCUGCUGCCAGCAGAACAAAGACUCCAAAGAGCUCUCGAAAACAACAGCAGCGAAGAAUUCCCUUUGGAGCCUUUUGAAGACCCCACAGACUAUUCAGGUGUACGUACACCUCAAGAGCCUGCUGCAGCAAAAGACAAAGACGCUGAAGAAGAAGAUGACAAAGACUUGCAAAUGAUUGACUUCGACUUCGACUGA